AUCGAAAUUCAUUAAUAUUUUGUCAUACCAUUAAUAAAAAGAGUAAUCCGAUUAAUUACAAUAAUCAUAUGUUGUACUGACGGUCAGACAUUUUACCUUUUUCCUAUUUUAGAUAUUCACCACUAAUAAUGCAUCCUUAACAGGAUCUACUUAUAUUUAGGACAUUUCACUUUAUACAAUUAAAGUUUUCAGAACUAUGAAAAUUAAGAAAAACUCUUUAAAACAGGUUUCUAAGUACACUCUUAUUUAAACAAAAUAAAUUCAGAAAUCUAACUUUAGGCUUUUGGGUUGCCCAUAUAUUUCUCUCAGGGGAGAAAAAUUAAUAAGAACCCAGUCAUAAAUCAAAAGGCCUAAUAUUAUGGUAGAAACCAUGGCUACAUUAAAGCCACACCUGUGCAUAAAUCACAAUCACCAUCAAUAGUAUCAAGGAACACAAAAGCUAGCCACAGGCACACUGAAUAAAAAGGGUAACCUGUAACCUCUGUCCAGGCUUACAUUGUUAUUGAAAUGCCACUAAACUUAAAAAGGAAAAUAAUUUAUGUAAUUUUUACACAAUUAUCAAGAACCGUGGUUUAAAAAACUCACAUAAAACAAGUGGCAUUUAUACCAACAGUAAAAGCAUAGAUGGUUUAACACAUUUUCCAUUCACAGGGCCAGAGAAAUCUUUAAAUAGGUAAGAACAUGUCAUUCGCCCAGUAAUUUCUACUAUUUUCGUGUGACUUUGCAAAAUUUUGAAAAAUCAAAUAAUUUCAGCAAUAGUUUGAUUUUAACUUCAAUUUUAGCUAAAUGAAAACACAUAAAACAAUUAUGCUUCACUACCUGAUAAAAGUCUGAAUGAUGAAAAACCAAAAAAAAUUCAGGAGUUACCUAAAUGUUAUCAAGGAACAUCUGAUUUUCUAAUACAAUGAAUUGUAUAAUUAUAUUAAUUAACAUUUAUUGACUACUAACUAGUGUCAUACUGUUCUACAUUAACUCAUUUAAUCCUAACACAACUCUAAGAUCACCACUAUUAUUCUUUUAUAAAUGAAGAAACUUAGCUGAAGGUCACACAGCUACUAAGAGGUGAAGCUGGUACUCAAACCAGAGGCCAUAUUCUUACACACCAUCUAUAACAGAAGUUCGAUAACUUGUUUUAACUAUCUGUCAGCCUCAAUACUCUAAUUUACAUAAAAGCAGAUGAGAAAAAAAAUAGCUCACUGAAAUGGCAAAUAAUCAAAAACUUGUUUGCAGACUGAUAAUGCAUUGUGUGUUGCUUGAAGAGAAACUGCAUAUUCCUCUAGUAAUAAAGUGCUUCGUCUACUAUUAUUUUUAGAUAUUUUUUUCUGUAGCACUUUAUUUUACAAUUUUCCUAAGCACUUAUACAUAAUUAUGACAAAUCUGAAAAUCAGAAAAGUAAUUAUGGUUUUAAAAGUUAAUCUACAAGGAAGUAAUGAUUUCAUCUUACAGCUACCAACUGUUAACUGCAUUUACUGAAAAGCAAUGAAAAUUUCAAACCACCUAAAUAUGCAACAAUAUAUUCCUACAACGGGAUUCUAUGCAGCCAUGAAGAAGUCCAAAAGACAGAAUGGGAGGGACAAACUUGUUAACAACGUAUUAGCUGGAAAAAUGAUCAAUACAAGAUGAUCACAUAUCACACAAUACAUGGGGGGGAAAAAUGACAUAAGAAUAUCAAUAAUGUGAGUUUUUUCUUUUCUUUUUCAUUUCUUCUAAAUUCUCUAUAAUAAAAUACUCAUUUUCUAAAGGAAAGACUAGCUUUUAAAAGCUACAAAAACACAGCUUGUUAAACUAAGCAAACAACUACUUAAAGCAUCCAGCAAGAUUUGUCAGGAAAAUUAUAUUCUCUAAGCUCAGGUCUCUUCUCAUCCUAAAACACUACUAGCAAUAUCACAGAUAUUUACAAAGCAAUGUGAGUGGAUCUAUUUCCACUUAAAAAACAAAACAUUCUGCAAAAGUGAUGAUUCUAGCAAUAAUACAUCAUAGCCCUAAUAAUCCUGUAUUACUUUGGGCACUUACAACUGGUUUUCGGCCCAUUUUCAAAUUCACGUACUGCUCUUGCACUCAACUUUUAAAAUACAAUUAAAAACAUUCGAACUCGGAACAUUUACGUUUCAAGAUCUCUUUCCUACCUCUGUACUUUAAAGAACUGAGUAUCUUAUACAAAGCUAAUACCGAAAGACAACCGCUGAACAUGAUACACUAUUUUCCUGACUAAACAACCAUUUCUUUAACAACCUCUUCGCCUUCAAAUUUUGUGAAGCCAAGCGCAAAUUAUGUAAAGUCUACCAGCAACGACAAAAAUAGCGUGUCAACUGGGGCAGGGGUAGCAAGAAAAUAACAGACCUACACACAAAGUCCACUUUCACUUGCUGUAAUUAAUCACUACCAUUUCAAAGUCCCCUUCCAUCGUCAUCUCGAGUAUUUUAACAAAGUAGCAAAUAUUAGUUUGAGUUAGUUUUAAUUGAAACAUUUAACUAUUAGAACGGCUGAUAGACCCUACAGGACACUAGGCUCCGAAUAAUCUUAUUAAUAGAUCCAGACCCCCAAGCGCUCUGAAGCUCGCAAUAAUAAAGAGGAUUUAAGAUUACUCAAGAAACGGCCGUUAGAGACCCUUUCCGGUCAGAGGCACCGGCCGGCAAAAUCCGCGGAGGCGGAGAGGGGGAGGGGAUACGCGGCGGCGGAGGAGGAGCUGAGGAAGGAACUAGGCCCGUCCCUGGCGGACAACCGGGCCUACGAGUAGCUAAACGGCAGGGGGGAACCAAACAGGGGAGAAGGGUUUCAUUUUCCUUUGGAAUUUCUGCUUUACAGACAGAGCAAUGGCAGCCCGAGUACUUAUAAUUGGCAGUGGAGGAAGGGAACAUACGCUGGCCUGGAAACUUGCACAGUCUCAUCAUGUCAAACAAGUGUUGGUUGCCCCAGGAAACGCAGGCACUGCCUGCUCUGAAAAGAUUUCAAAUAACGCCAUCUCAAUCAGUGACCACACUGCCCUUGCUCAAUUCUGCAAAGAGGAGAAAAUUGAAUUCGUAGUUGUUGGACCAGAAGCACCUCUGGCUGCUGGGAUUGUUGGGAACCUGACGUCUGCAGGAGUGCGAUGCUUUGGCCCAACAGCAGAAGCGGCUCAGUUAGAGUCCAGCAAAAGGUUUGCCAAAGAGUUUAUGGACAGACAUGGAAUCCCAACUGCGCAAUGGAAGGCUUUCACCAAACCUGAAGAGGCCUGCAGCUUCAUUAUGAGUGCAGACUUCCCUGCUUUGGUUGUGAAGGCCAGUGGUCUUGCGGCUGGAAAAGGGGUGAUUGUUGCAAAGAGCAAAGAAGAGGCCUGCAAAGCUGUACAAGAGAUCAUGCAGGAGAAAGCCUUUGGGGCAGCCGGAGAAACAAUUGUCAUUGAAGAACUUCUUGACGGAGAAGAAGUGUCUUGUCUGUGCUUCACUGAUGGCAAGACUGUGGCCCCCAUGCCACCGGCGCAGGACCAUAAGCGAUUACUGGAGGGAGAUGGCGGCCCUAACACAGGGGGAAUGGGAGCCUAUUGUCCGGCCCCUCAGGUUUCUAAUGAUCUAUUACUAAAAAUUAAAGAUACUGUUCUUCAGAGGACAGUGGAUGGCAUGCAGCAAGAGGGUACUCCAUAUACAGGUAUUCUCUAUGCUGGAAUAAUGCUGACCAAGGAUGGCCCAAAAGUUCUAGAGUUUAAUUGCCGUUUUGGUGAUCCAGAGUGCCAAGUAAUCCUCCCACUUCUUAAAAGUGAUCUUUAUGAAGUGAUUCAGUCCACCUUAGAUGGACUGCUCUGCACAUCUCUGCCUGUUUGGCUAGAAAACCACACCGCCCUAACUGUUGUCAUGGCAAGUAAAGGUUAUCCUGGAGACUACACCAAGGGUGUAGAGAUAACAGGGUUUUCCGAGGCUCAAGCUCUAGGACUGGAGGUGUUCCACGCAGGCACUGCCCUUAAAAAUGGGAAAGUAGUAACUCAUGGGGGUAGAGUUCUUGCAGUCACAGCCAUCCGGGAAAAUCUCGUAUCAGCUCUCGAGGAAGCCAAGAAAGGACUAGCAGCUAUAAAGUUUGAGGGAGCAAUUUAUAGGAAAGACAUUGGCUUUCGUGCCAUAGCUUUCCUCCAGCAGCCCAGGGGUUUGACUUACAAGGAAUCUGGAGUAGACAUUGCAGCUGGAAAUACACUGGUCAAGAAAAUUCAGCCUUUAGCAGAAGCCACUUCCAGAUCAGGCUGUAAAGUAGAUCUUGGAGGUUUUGCUGGUCUUUUUGAUUUAAAAGCAGCUGGUUUCAAAGAUCCCCUUCUGGCCUCUGGAACAGAUGGCGUUGGAACUAAACUAAAGAUUGCCCAGCUGUGCAACAAACAUGAUACCAUUGGUCAAGAUUUGGUAGCAAUGUGUGUUAAUGAUAUUCUGGCACAAGGAGCAGAGCCCCUCUUCUUCCUUGAUUACUUUUCCUGUGGAAAACUUGACCUCAGUGUAACUGAAGCCGUUGUUGCUGGAAUUGCUAAAGCUUGUGGAAAAGCUGGAUGUGCUCUUCUUGGAGGUGAAACAGCAGAAAUGCCUGACAUGUAUCCCCCUGGAGAGUAUGACCUAGCUGGGUUUGCCGUUGGUGCCAUGGAGCGAGAUCAGAAACUCCCUCACCUGGAAAGAAUCACCGAGGGUGAUGUUGUUGUUGGAAUAGCUUCAUCUGGUCUUCAUAGCAAUGGAUUUAGCCUUGUGAGGAAGAUCGUGGCAAAAUCUUUCCUCCAGUACUCCUCUCCAGCACCUGAUGGUUGUGGUGACCAGACUUUAGGGGACUUACUUCUCACGCCAACCAGAAUCUACAGCCAUUCACUGUUACCUGUCCUACGUUCAGGACAUGUCAAAGCGUUUGCCCAUAUUACUGGUGGAGGAUUACUAGAGAACAUCCCCAGAAUCCUCCCUGAGAAACUUGGGGUAGAUUUAGAUGCCCAGACCUGGAGGAUCCCCAAAGUCUUCUCAUGGUUACAGCAGGAAGGACAACUCUCUGAGGAAGAGAUGGCCAGAACAUUUAACUGUGGGGUUGGCGCUGCCCUUGUGGUAUCAAAGGAGCAGACAGAGCAGAUUCUGAGGGAUAUCCAGCAGCACAAGGAAGAAGCCUGGGUGAUUGGCAGUGUGGUUGCACGAGCCGAAGGUUCUCCACGUGUGAAAGUCAAGAAUCUGAUUGAAAGCAUGCAAAUAAAUGGGUCAGUGUUGAAGAAUGGCUCCCUGAAAAAUCAUUUCUCUUUUGAAAAAAAAAAGGCCAGAGUGGCUGUCUUAAUAUCUGGAACAGGAUCGAACCUGCAAGCACUUAUAGACAGUACUCGGGAACCAAAUAGCUCUGCACAAAUUGAUGUUGUUAUCUCCAACAAAGCCGCAGUAGCUGGGUUAGAUAAAGCGGAAAGAGCUGGUAUUCCCACUAGAGUAAUUAAUCAUAAACUGUAUAAAAAUCGUGUAGAAUUUGACAAUGCAAUUGACCUAGUCCUUGAAGAGUUCUCCAUAGACAUAGUCUGUCUUGCAGGAUUCAUGAGAAUUCUCUCUGGCCCCUUUGUCCGAAAGUGGAAUGGAAAAAUGCUCAAUAUCCACCCAUCCUUGCUCCCUUCUUUUAAGGGUUCGAAUGCCCAUGAGCAAGCCCUGGAAACCGGAGUCACAGUUACUGGGUGUACUGUACACUUUGUAGCUGAAGAUGUAGAUGCUGGACAAAUUAUUUUGCAAGAAGCUGUUCCCGUGAAGAGGGGUGAUACUGUUGCAACUCUUUCUGAAAGAGUAAAAGUAGCAGAACAUAAAACAUUUCCUGCAGCCCUCCAGUUGGUGGCCAGUGGAACUGUACAGCUUGGAGAAAAUGGCAAGAUCUGUUGGGUUAAAGAGGAAUGAAGCCUUCUAAUUCAGAAAUGGGGCCAGUUUUGAAAGAAUUAUUUGCUGUUUGCAUGGUGGUUUUUUAUCAUGAACUUGGCCCAAAAGAAAAACUGCUAAAAGACAAAAAAGACCUCACCCUUACUUCAUCUGCUAUUUUUUAAUAAAUAGAGACAUUAAAAACAAGACUGGUUAGUGUAGCAUAUCUGAGACA